AUCUGACAAUGUAACAAAAUGCCUUUCUCCUCCUUAAAAACCUUGCCUAGCUUCUCCUCCUGGACACCAGGGGCUGUAGCCACCCAAAUACUGCCCCGAACACAUCAGUCAGAGCUUAGGACCCAGAGACCUGUUUCAGGCUUACGGGACGUGACAGCUGACUGAAAAUCAAUGAAGUGUGCUUUACGGAGCGUCAUAAUGAUGCAAGAUGAAGCUCAAAAGGUGCUCGCUUGCCUUGCAGGCUCAAUUGUCCGCCUUGGGUUUUAACCAGAUUGCUUUAGCCCCCGACUAGGAUGAGGCUGAUUUGCCUCUGAAAACAAAGGACCAUAAUUAAAGGAAAAGCCACGGUGGUGCCCAUGCUUUGCCUGAUGCUCUGUGCGCUGUGUUUGACCCAUUCAGGUGUGUCUGCCUUCAGUUCAGUGGCUGAGAAUGAGGACGCGCUCCUCAGGCACUUAUUUCAAGGCUAUCAGAAAUGGGUCCGCCCCGUGCAAAACUCCAACGACACCAUCAAAGUCCUCUUUGGGUUAAAGAUAUCACAGCUCGUGGAUGUGGAUGAGAAGAAUCAGCUGAUGACAACCAACGUGUGGCUGAAGCAGGAAUGGAUGGACCACAAGCUCUCCUGGAAUCCAGAGGAAUACGGUGGGAUCACUGCCAUCCGUGUCCCCUCUGAGUCUCUGUGGCUUCCUGACAUUGUUUUGUUUGAAAAUGCUGAUGGGCGUUUUGAGGGCUCCCUGAUGACCAAAGCCAUAGUGAAGUACAAUGGAGUGGUGACCUGGACGCCCCCAGCCAGCUACAAGAGCUCCUGCACAAUGGACGUGACCUUCUUCCCCUUCGACAGGCAGAACUGCUCCAUGAAGUUUGGGUCAUGGACGUAUGAUGGCAGCAUGGUGGACUUGAUUCUAGUGGACGAAAAUGUAGACAGGAAAGACUUCUUUGAUAAUGGGGAGUGGGAGAUCUUAAAUGCCAAAGGUAUGAAAGGCAACAGGAAGGAUGGGCUGUACUCUUACCCGUUUGUCACAUACUCCUUUGUGCUGAGACGCCUUCCACUCUUUUACACUCUUUUCUUAAUAAUCCCUUGCCUGGGACUGUCUUUUCUAACUGUCCUGGUGUUUUACCUGCCUUCAGAUGAAGGAGAAAAGCUUUCAUUGUCUACUUCGGUUCUGGUCUCCCUCACUGUUUUCCUUUUAGUGAUUGAGGAAAUAAUCCCUUCUUCUUCCAAAGUCAUCCCUCUGAUUGGUGAGUAUCUGCUCUUCAUCAUGAUUUUUGUGACCCUCUCCAUCAUUGUCACCGUCUUUGUUAUCAACGUCCACCACCGCUCCUCAGCGACUUACCAUCCCAUGGCUCCCUGGGUUAAAAGACUCUUCCUCCAGAAGUUGCCGCGACUGCUCUGCAUGAAGGGCCACGUAGAUCGUUAUUCCUUCUCAGACACCGAGGAAAAGGAAAGCACCUUGAAAUCAAAGCUCCCGGGGAAGCAGAAGCACAGGCAAGCAAAAGAUGGAGAGAAAAUUGUUAUUGCCUUUCUGGAGAAGGCAGCCGAUUCCAUUCGGUACAUUUCCAGGCAUGUUAAAAAGGAGCACUUCAUCAGACAGGUUGUCCAGGACUGGAAAUUCGUAGCUCAAGUCCUAGAUCGGAUCUUCCUGUGGUUAUUUCUGGUGGCAUCAGUGACAGGUUCAGUUCUCAUCUUUACCCCUGCAUUACAGAUGUGGCUGAACAACACUUUGUAGAAAAUGCUCCCACACUAGCACACCGGUACAAUGCCAUGGGAUGGUGAUGCCUUUGGGCUUGGUCUCUGUUGCACAGGAUGGGAAGCAACAGCAAGACAGGGAGAAGGUGAUGGUAACAGGCACCGACCGAUGCUUUCUAUCUUCAUGCAGCUGUAAUGGUUACAGUCUUGGCUGAGGUCAGAGAAAGGCUUGGCAAACGGCUGAAUACUAAAAGUGAAUUGGUGUUGCAGAACUGGGUUAUAAGGAUUUUACUAGUAGCUUGGUUGUGUUAUAAUAUGAGCCAAGAUUAUUAGUUAGAACUGAAAAUAGUGCUUCUGGCACAACUGUGCUUUGCAGGCAGAUGUGCCAGCUAAACUAUGGCUGUAUAAAAUAAGUUAGAGUAUCAUAGGAACACUAGUCAGUACUCAGUCUAUCUACAUAUCCAAGUAAAAACCACAGAGUCCCUACGGAUUGCCUCCUGUACACGUCAGAAAUGGCAAUCACGAAGCAUGUGCAUUAGAAAAAAUAUAAAUAUCUUUUAGAUAGGAUGUUCAGGACCUUGACACUGUGGCUCUACCUUACUUCAGGAUCAGCUCAACCCUGGGAGAACUUACAGCUCUUCCCACUGGCUACCAGCCUUUAUAUCAUGCACAGUUUAUCUCUCCUCUUGGCCUUCAGGAAUUUGCAAGGUGUUAGCCAUGUCCCAGUAUUAUUUGCAUCAUUUUUUUUUCUGGUGCUCUGUAGUAUUCCAAAAGGCUGAACAGGUAAUGAUUUUCCCCAUGCUCUGCAUUUGGAAACUAUGAUUCCUGCACCUGUGGGUUCACAGGACUGGAAGUGGAAGAUCAUCAGAAGCAUAUCUCAUAGAGAAAAGUGACCAUGUUACUCCAUGUGGCAACAGUGAUCUGCCUAAAUAAUUUUGUUGGAGAGGAUCUUUGCCACUGCCUGAUCAUUUGUGGCAAAUGAGGCUUGUGGCUGGUGCAGAAGUGGAGUUUCUCCUGAGAGCUGUGGGGUGAGCUGGUACUAGAAAGGUACAUCAUUGGGUGUUGGCUUGUCCAUGUUUCUCAGCCAGUUCAGAAUUUCAUUCCUCUGAAGCAUUUAAAAGGGAUCCUUCUGCAUUAUUAGAAACAGCUCUCUAAAGUGUAAAUAAGACAUGACAGAAAAUGCACAGGCGUUCCCUGGGGCAGAGCUGUGCCAUCGUGGAGUCCUUUAGAAAAUCCCUCUCAGAACUUGCAGGUGUUUUCAAGGCUAACAAGGGAUUUGGAGACCUGCUUCUCAACAAUAUGAAUGUGAGUCUGUUGCUAAACCUUUAGCCAGCCUUGAAACUUUCUCUCUAAGGAUGGAGGUUAGAAGGUGCUAAAAAUAUGCAAAGGUAUUCUUGUGCUUGGAUUACGUGUGAACACCAGACCUCUGUGAGCUAAGAUCAUCCCAAUUUGUCUUGUCCCUGCAGAAAGCUUUGUUUACUUGUGCAAAUAUCAUUAAUAAAGCUGUGUUUAGUAAAUGAUUCUCAGAGCUGAGAAUGCUCAUAUAUUGAUGCUGAA